AUGGUCGAGCCUCAAGGAGAAGCCCAAGCGCCACAAAUGGCUCAGGCGCCACAAAUAUAUGUAGCGCCAUCGAACUUGCCACCGCCGAAAUCGCUCAUAUUCGACGAUAAUUUGGCAACUACAUGGAAGUCGUGGAAGAAAUCAUGGACACGGUACGAGAUUGCAACUGGUGUACACAAACAAGAGGGAAUUGUAAGAGUAUCAACCUUAUUAAGCGUAAUCGGCGAGGACGGUGUCAAAGCGUACGACACAUUUGCAUGGGGAGAAGAUGAGAAUCAAAAUGAUGUCGAUGUUGUCCUUCAAAAAUUUGAUGAGUAUUGUUCACCGAGAACUCAAAUAAUCUAUGAACGAUACCGUUUUAACAAUCGAAACCAAGCACCAGGAGAGAACAUUGCAACCUACCUAACAGAACUGAGAACAAUCGCUAGAAAUUGUGCUCAUAACACGAUUACACCAGACGAAAUUUUACGGGAUCGGCUUGUUUUAGGCAUUCGCGAUGAUCAUGUCCGAGAACGUUUACUAAGGCUAAACGAUCUCACCUUACAGAAAGCAGUGGACACUAUCAAAGCCGCGGAACAAACACAACAACAAGUCAAGCUAAUGAGCACAGGAGAGGAUUGUGUAAACAUGCUCAGGGGAACACAAGGAAAAGAUACUGGUUUAGAAAGUAAACAAUCCCGGAAGACAAAACCGCCUAGAUAUCCAAUGCGAAACCGCCAACAGGAAGGAUUGCUUAAGGAGUGUGGGAAUUGUGGUAUGACUCACGACGAACGAAAUUGUCCAGCGUUCGGAAGAAAGUGUUUUAACUGUGAUAAGAUGAAUCAUUUUGCGCGGAAAUGUCGAGGAAAAAAUAACAAAGGAGCAGAAAUCAACCAAACUAAGGAAGUCGAUCAAAAACCCGAAGAAGAUCGUUACUGUAUCAGCUCUGUUUCGGACGGUGACGAGUCUAAAGCACGCAAAGCUGUGAUUAAUUUGCAAAUUUCGAAGCCAGAGGCGGGAAACUCGGUUCAAUUUCAAAUAGACACUGGUUCGCAAUGUGAUAUUCUCCCGACAAGCCUAUAUAUACAAGUCACUGGUGACAAUCAAUUGCAACGCCUAAAACCCUGCAAGAAGGAAAUCGUUUCAUACACAGGUGAGCACCGUAAGAUUACCGGAAGAGCUAAACUGCCUGUAUGGUUCGGAGAUCAGCAAAGAACCUUGAAUUUUAAUAUUAUCAACGGAGAUUAUCAACCAGUACUAUCGUUAGAUACAAGCAUUGCUCUAGGUGUUGUCAAUUUGAGUAAAUGUGACAUUCUGGCACUGACAAUAAAGCAUCCAAAGGACAAACCGCAUGUUGCAGACGAGUAUGCCGACGUUUUUGAUGGCCUUGGCGAGAUACCAGGAGCGCACACGAUAACUAUAGAAGACUCGGCGAAGCCAGUUAUCCACGCCCCUCGACGAGUUCCAGUCGCAUUAAGAUCCCAAAUCAAAGCCAAACUAGAUGAACUAGUCGAUCGAGAAGUCAUUGUCCCUGUUACAGAACCCACUUGUUGGGUAUCCAGCAUGUUGGCAGUUGUCAAGCCGAAUAAGAUCCGCAUAUGCAUCGACCCACGAGACCUUAAUCGUGUUAUACGACGCGAGCAUUAUCAACUACCUACAGUGGACGAAGUCACAUCAAGAUUGGCGGGUGCCAAGAAAUUCACACUCUGCGAUGCUAAGGACGGAUUUCAUCAAAUCAAACUUGACACAGCCUCAAGUUAUCUGACAACCUUCAACUCCCCUUUCGGACGGUACCGUUGGACUCGCAUGCCCUUCGGAAUCUCGAGUGCACCCGAAGUUUGGCAAAGGCGAAUGCACGAGUUUUGCUCAAGAUCUCAAUGGGGUUGA